AUGAAGUUCCUAACGGGAUUGGCGCUGUUAUCCCUCAUUCCUUCUUCGUUUGCUGUCCCCACAGCUAGCAAUCCUCCAAGCAAGGACUUAGGUCAGGAAGAACAGCCCUUGAUCAAGCUCAAGCCGCAACGAACUUCCUCACGAGAGCUUGUGAAUCUCGAUGGCCUGUGGAAAUUCACCCUUGCUUCCGGUGCUAACGACACUACCCAACCCUGGACCGCGCCAUUUCCCAGAGGUGCUCUCGAAUGUCCAGUCCCCGCGUCUUACAACGAUAUUUUCGUCGAUCGCGAGAUCCGCGACCAUGUCGGAUGGGUGUACUACCAGCGCGAUGUUUUCGUCCCAAAAGGCUGGUCUAAGGAGCAGUAUUUCGUUCGAGCCGAGUCUGCUACCCAUCACGGUCGUAUCUAUGUGAACGACCGUCUCCUCGCCGAGCAUGUCGGUGGUUACACACCUUUCGAAGCCAAUAUCACCGAGUUUGUCACUGCGGGGGAGAAGUUCCGCCUGACAAUUGGUGUCAACAAUGAGCUUACCCAUGAGACCAUCCCACCAGGCAAGAUUACGGUGGCUGAGGCCACCGGAAAGAGAGUCCAGACCUACAAUCAUGACUUUUACAACUAUGCUGGUCUUGCUCGCUCGAUUUGGCUGUAUUCUGUACCUCGUGAACAUAUCCAGGACAUCACUGUUGUGACAGACGUCGAAGGUGAAACUGGAUUCAUCAACUACAGCGUCAAGGUGGCCAACAAUGGGACUGGAAAGGUCAAAGUCUCUGUUGUUGACGAGGAUGGAGCCGUUGUUGGAACUGCCUCUGGGGCUGAGGGUACCGUCAAGAUCAAGUCUGUCAAGUUGUGGCAACCAGGUGCUGCCUAUCUUUACCAAUUGGAAGCCAGCAUUGUGGAUUCCCGCGAUAAGGUAGUGGACACCUACAGCCUAGCCACGGGCGUGCGCACUGUCAAGGUUAGCGGGUCGAAGUUCCUCAUCAACGGCAAGCCCUUCUACUUUACCGGAUUCGGAAGACACGAAGACACCGCAGUGCGCGGUAAAGGACAUGACCAAGCAUAUAUGGUUCACGAUUUUCAACUGAUGAACUGGAUUGGCGCAAACUCUUUCCGAACCUCGCACUACCCCUACGCCGAAGAGGUCAUGGACUUUGCAGACCGCCACGGAAUUGUGGUAAUCGACGAAACACCCGCCGUGGGAUUGAACAUUGCUUUGCUGGGUGUGUCCGGAGGUGCAGCCCCAAAAACCUGGGCUCCUGAUGGUAUCAACAAGAACACCCAGACAGCCCACAAGCAGGCGAUCCGCGAACUAAUCAGCCGCGACAAGAACCACGCUAGUGUUGUCAUGUGGUCUAUUGCCAACGAACCAGCCUCGAACGAAGACGGUGCGCGUGAAUACUUUGAGCCAUUGGCCAAGUUGACUCGCGAGCUUGACCCAACUCGUCCUAUCACAUUCGCCAAUGUCGGCCUCGCAACAUACAAGACGGAUUUGAUCUCGGACUUGUUCGAUGUCAGUUGCCUCAACCGGUAUUUCGGGUGGUAUUCCGAGACCGGAGAGCUUGGCGAAGCAGAGGCUGCCCUUGAAGAGGAACUGCGUGGCUGGGAAAAGAAAUUCAAUCGCCCGAUUAUCAUGACUGAGUACGGCGCUGAUACCAUUGCCGGUCUCCACUCUACCCUAGGUUUGCCGUGGAGCGAGGAGUUCCAGACUGAUAUGCUUGACAUGUAUCACCGGGUCUUCGACCGUCUUGAGUCCAUGGCAGGUGAGCAUGUUUGGAACUUUGCUGACUUCCAGACGUCUCUCGGUACCAGGAGGGUGGAUGGUAAUAAGAAGGGUGUGUUUACCAGGGACCGCCAGCCGAAGAUGGCUGCACAUGGUUUGAAGGCGAGAUGGACCAAUCUCACCACCAGUGGGUAA